AUGGUAAAGUUGAUAUGCACGAUCGUAGGUACGAAGGAAAGCGUAUUUCUUGUGGAUAUUGACACGAGACAGUUAGUGGGGGAAUUAAAGAAGGCUAUCAAGGUGGAGAAUCCAGAUUUUCAAUGUUCCGCGCGCAACCUGCAGCUCUUUCCUGCCAAGAUGGUAGAGGGCAAGUGGCUGGCCUCGAGCUCGGACGAUGUAAUAAAGCUGAAGAAGGGCGAGAAGACUCAUCACGUUGUAGAGUUAACGAAAGAAGGCCGAAAGCUGCAGAUGGACGAUUAUAUUGCCGAUUCUCUUUGA